GAAGAGAAAAGUUUAAGAGCACCUGAACCAGGAAUGAGCAGCAUCUCGCCUUUUCAUCGCGCACAAUAGACAGAGACAGUUUUAUAGAUAACAAAGACUGAGAAAUUAACCCAAUUAUGAAGUGACAAACAUUUUUUUUGCCACUAUGGGUCAGCAUUAUUUACUUCAGGCCAGUGUCUUACUUGCAACUGUCUUGUUUGCUGUGCUCGUCUCGAUCCCUCAUGUUUACUCUGACUGUUCACUGUGCCUAUACAAGAUAAACCCCACAUCAUCAGAAAUCACAAUGUUUGUAGGAGACAGGUCAUUUUGUAGUGUGCAGAACGCCAACUAUACAAACACUUCGAAUAGCAUCAUAGUGACUGGUCUGCAGCCUGGAAACACAUAUUUCCUUAAAAUCAACUGCUCAGAUGUGUGCUGUGGAAACUUCUCCACCAAUGCCUCCAUCACGCAGCUCAACUCCACCACAAUACAUCUGAUUCUGAAUGAGACGGGCCAGUUAUCAUUGACCAAUCGGUCUUUUACUCUACGCCCCGACCCUGUUAGUAACGUGUCUGUGUACGCCAUCACAGUGAGCUCAGUGAACCUGAGUUGGAUACUUCUAAAUGGCAUUAGCCCGUAUUAUAGAGUAGCUUGGGAUUCAAACCUGCUCACUACUAACCAAACCUCCAUGCAAAUCUUACAUCUUGCACCCGGCACCAAAUACACCUUCAAGGUCACCUCGGUGGCUUCUGAUAACAGCACUACGGGACAGGCUACUGAGAUAUCUCAAAACACAAGUCCAGCACAAGUAGAGAAUAUCACUGUGCUGAAUUCCAGUAACAGCAGUUUGACCGUGGGUUGGGCAGCUCCUCCCGGUCGUGUGGACUUGUAUGAAGUGAGGGUGUCUGAGCUGAUGAACACCACUGCUGUCACCAACUUCACAAUCGGUAACCUCAUGGCAGGACGUGUUUACAACAUCACUGUCACCUCCGUCAGUGGAGUCCUGAAGAACACCUCUAACAUAUUGCAGGCUGCCACUAAGCCUAACCCGCCAGAAGCUCUUGCCGUGAGUGGUCAGACUAAUGUGUCUAUUUCCUUGCUGUGGUCGAAACCCUUAUCAAUGGAUGGAUUGACUGUGUCCUAUAAAGUGUUGUAUAGAUCCAAUACUUCAGUGGUCAACCUGACUUCGAUUCAAACCACCUCUUUAAACACGACGCUCACAAAUUUAUUAUCGGGUAGUCAGUAUGACAUCACUGCUGUCACCAUAGGAGUAAAAGAUCUCUGGAGCUCUUCUGUAAAUCUCAUCGCAUACACAGUUCCUAAUACAGUGCAAAAUCUGGUGGUUUCCGCUGUCAACACCAAUUCAGUCAAUCUGACGUGGCUUCCCCCUAACGGGAACUUCAACCUGUUCUCCUAUAGUAUUAGCAUCUCUUCACCCAAUCAGACUCUCAAAACCACAUCCAACAAUUAUCAGAUUACUCAGUUGCAGCCUGGGACUCAGUAUAAUUGCAGCAUCAGAACACUCAUAAUAGCUGCCAACAUAUCUGGACCCUCACAGUUCAUACAGUGUAAUACCAAUCCUACUUCUGUAAGUGAUUUGAGAGUGAAUGGAUAUACUGAGACCAGUAUAACUCUGAGCUGGAAGCAGCAUGAUGUUCAGCAAUCCGGUUACUCCUACCUGCUCACCUUCACACACCCCAAUGGCACAUUUGACCAGAAGACUGUGAGUAACACCACAGUGCAGCUACUGUCACUGCAGUCGGCUAGUCAAUACAACAUCAGCAUUAUCACUCAGACGGCAGAUGGCACCAAGUCUGUUCCCCAGUUUAUAACAGCCUGCAGUAAGCCAUUUCCGGUUACCAUUGUGAGCUACAAGGUCCUGAAUGUUUCUGCCGUGUGGCUGAACUGGUCCCAUCCUCAGGAGUACCGCGAUGGGUUUUCCUACCAAGUAUUAGUGUCCAACUGCACAGAAAACCAUAGGAACUUGUCUACCACCUCACCCAAUAUCACCGUACAAGACUUGCAGCCUGGCACCAUGUGUCAGUUCAGUCUAUAUAGUUUGGCCUGCGGCAUUCUGGGAGAACCAAAAAACAUCUUUGUCCUGACGAAGCCCUCUACAGUGAUUCCCAAACUAUAUAAUGAAGGCUCUAAUCACUCAGUCUUGGUGACGUGGGAUCAUCCUGUUGGUGGCCUGGACCAGUAUAUUCUGAACAUCAGCAGUAAUGGAUGGAGCAGCUCUAUAGUUCUCAAUAGCAAUGAACACAAUCACACCUUCACUCAACUAAAAGCAGCAACUGUAUUCAUAGUCACACUCAUGACGGUCAAAGCAGCCUUCCAGGAAACAUCGCUUCCAGUAGCAAUGGCAACUUAUCCAAACAGACCGGGAGAGAUUAAACAUUUGUUUAAGAGCAAUCAUUCUUUGUUGCUUCAGUGGGCUGAAGCUCAGGAUAUGACAGUUGGCAGCUUCACCUACAACCUAACCUACUGGUCCAGCUAUAACAACAGCUAUUUCACUCUCACUCCUAAUUACACUUUCCUUUUGGAUGGCUUGCAAUCUGGAACAUUCUAUACCGUUUCUGUGACUACUGUAGGACCAAUGAAUUUCAGCAGUGAAUCUGUCAGCUACAAUGUAACCACCAUGCCUAAUCCUGUUCAAUACCUACAAGUUAAUUCCACAAAAACAAAUGCCAUCUCUCUAGUUUGGGAAAGAGUGGAAGGGGUCCCGAAUUAUGUAGUGAGAGUGCAUUGUAACAAGGUAGAGAGUUACACAACCCCGUCAAACAGCAUGACUAUAGACCAUCUGAUGCCUUCAACACACUAUAACAUCAGUGUCCAGAGCAGCACUUCUGACAAGACGGAGGGAGAAGCCGUGUGGCUGCAAGCAUGCACGGAUGCAGCACCAGUGGACAAUGUGACCUGUACAGGUCCUAAUUUAACCUUACCAAUGCUCGCCCUCUCAUGGAGCCGUCCUGCCGGUGAAAGCCUGGGCUUUGAAAUCAAGCUGGUUUCUAAAGAGUUAGAGAACAAUCUAACUACAACUACAACCAAUCUAAACUACAACUUCACUGGACUCAAACAGUACAACAAACAGUACAGUGCCAUGCUCUGGACACUCGGCUGUGGGAAGAAUAGCGCAGUGAAGGAGAUCUCCUGUAUGACCGGCUUCACAAGACCUGUUGUACCUAAAGUGACAGCAGUGAGUGUCUCUGAGCUACAAUAUAACAAGUUUACUUUGAAUCUUCAUCAAGAUAUCUUUAAUGACACGAAUGGUUCUGUGUCCCAUUAUGGUGUGCUUGUCUCCUCCGGCACAGAUGCCUGCUGGGUAAAGACUGAGAAGUUGGAUCAAUGCCAGUUUAACACCUAUGAGGACUGGAAAGCAAAGCGGUGCAACACAUUUCUGGCUGUUGUCAAAAAAACAACAGAGUCUAAAAGUAUGCAGGACCAAACAAUCAUCAUUGGAGAUGAAACUAUGUGGAAUAGUUACAAAAAUGGAGAACUAAAUGCCAAAGGCAUUUACAGUGUUGCUGUCAUCGUUUUCACACAUUUGGAGUUAAAUAACAGUUUAGUGGAUGUGUCUAAUUCAUUCUACUCCAUAUCUGAGUUUAGUCCCAUCACUCUGCCAGAGAACCCAGUGGUAAUUGUAGGAGCAGCUGCAGGAACUGGUGGUGCUGCUGUUGUUCUUGUAAUCAUCAUUGUGGUUGUGGUUUGUAGACGGAAGCAAAGAAAAGAUGAUUCCAUUAGUGUUCCCAUCCACUCUAUAAGAAACAAAGUGAGUGAUCCAAUAAAGGUGGAGGAUUAUGAGGCUUAUUACAAGAAGCAAAGGGCUGAUUCCUUCUGUGGAUUUGCUGAAGAAUUUGAGGAUCUAAGGCCGGUUGGGAUAAAUCAGUUGAAGACUGUUGCUCUGGCCCCUGAAAACAAAGCCAAGAAUCGUUAUAACAAUGUGCUGCCAUAUGAUUCAUCUCGUGUCAAGCUCUCCGUGCUUGGCAACUCAUUUGAUGACUACAUCAAUGCCAGCUACAUGCCGGGCUACACAUCAAAGAAAGAGUUUAUCGCAGCCCAAGGGCCACUGCCCUGCACUGUCAAUGACUUUUGGAGGCUGAUUUGGGAGAAAAAUGUGCAAACCAUUGUCAUGCUCACCAAAUGCAACGAGCAGGGAAGGGUAAAAUGUGAGGAAUACUGGCCAGCAGAUAUAAAACAUUUUAACAAUCUGACAGUGAUGACUACUUCUGAGAUUUCAUUGGAGGACUGGACUUUACGGGACUUUGAAGUGAAAAAUGUGAAAACAGCAGAGUCUCGAUCAGUUCGUCACUUCCAUUUCACUGCAUGGCCAGACCAUGGAGUUCCUGAGACCACUGAGCUUCUCAUCAACUUCAGACACCUGGUCCGAGAACACAUGGACCAGUACUCGAGACAUUCACCCACACUUGUGCACUGCAGUGCCGGUGUGGGCCGGACGGGAACCUUCAUCGCCAUUGAUCGGUUAAUCUUUCAGAUUGAGCGGGAUGGUGUAGUGGAUGUAUAUGGGAUCAUCCACGAUUUACGCAUGCACAGACCACUCAUGGUGCAAACUGAGGAUCAAUAUGUGUUUCUUAACCAGUGCUCCAUGGACAUCAUCAAGUCUCGGACUGGAAACAAUGUAGAUUUGAUCUACCAAAACACAGCUGCACUCUCCAUUUAUGAGAACUUUGAGCCCUUGAAAAAACCCAAAAAUGGCUACCAUAAGGCUUGACCGUCUACCUUGAACAGUUCGCUGCACUGCUGUAAAUGAAACGUUUUUCUUUCAUUUUUUAAGUUGUUUUAUUUAAAGAGGAAAAAACAAAUAUAUUUAUUAAAAAGUUUGUUUAUAAAGGUAUAUAUUAUACUCAGAAAUAUAUAUAUAUGUUUUUAUUAAAUGCAGAAAUGUAGCGGCAGGGAUGUUUUGUAAGAGUUUUCAUAAAAUAAAGUUCAAUUCCGUAAUAUGGCAUCAUAAAAAUGGCAUUUCCUCAGACAAUAUGUGAAAAGAAGAUGAGCACGAAUAGAAAUAUAGAAUGUACACAUCACAUAGGACUUCAUCAUUAGACAGUAACAGUGUAUUUCUACUUCACUGCAGCUGUAGUAAAGACAGGAUGGGUUUUCAAAACCUUUCUUCUGUGAUAGCAGCUAAGCUUGGUAUUAGACAGUAGGCUGGUAAAUAGUUUACAAUGUGCUGUGACUUCAUUGAGGUAUGCUGAAGGUUGUAUCUGAGCUAUUGUGCCAGUAUGCUGUUCUUUGGUUUGUGGCUUCAAUAUAUCUAUGAUUUCUGGAUUUGACAGGCCAAAAGUUGACCUUAUUGGACCAAAAGGACAAUACGUUAGCAAUGAACAGUGGAAAUCUCUUUGGUUUGUUUCUGGAAUUGCUUAUUCUCAGUAAAGAUACUUGCUGACCUGUCUGUUCCUGGAUUGUAAAUGUUUUUGUUUUCCUUUUAGAAUCAGGUCAGUUUAGAAUAGUCCUAUUGACAACUUAUUGCAAAAGGGUUUUAACAGAGUGUGACUCUGUAACAUGUGUAUGCACUUAUUGUUAUAUUUGUACAUAAUAUAUUUUGUUCAAACUGAAUUUUCAAACUAUUUUUUUCAGUGUUGUUCAGGGACAUUUGGCUUGUGUGGUUUUAAUAUUCUGCAAUUUUCAGCACAAUUUUAAAAAAAAUUUAAUGAUUGUUUAUUGAUACUCUGCUGGUCACAGUAAAGAACCAUUCAGACAACUCUGUAUUAUAUUAGGAUUAAAAAAAGCUGCACUUUA